AGAAGCCAGAGCGCUGCGCGCCCCCGUUGCCCCCCUUCCUGCCCGGAGUGAAAACUGAGAGGAAAAAGCGUCGGGAGCAGAGACCAUGGAGGGGGAAAGCUGGAUGUAUUAGCUAGUUUGUUGCUUAGGGCACUUUUCACUCUUCUUUCGCUUCUACCCACAGAAAUCAAAGCGUCUCAAUGUGGCGAUAUCCGGUGUGUAUUUUACGUGGCUCGUAAAUCUCCUGAACAGUCAAACAAUCAACUGCGAGUCGGACCGCGGACGGUUAGCACAGCCCGACUGAAAGUUAGCCCGCUCCGGCUAACUUAGCCCACUCCAGCUACCACGAAGGGACAAAAAACUAAAAACACGAUAGUGAGUAAGAGUGUCGGGGCUUGAAGUAACUCGUAAUGUUGCCUCCCGGGAUUAAUUUCAGAUACGGAUGAGAAAGAAAUUCUCUGGGAACAGCGAGAACAACAGCGAGCCAGACAACCACCGUCGUUAUGCUGGGGUUGAUCCGCGGCUCCGGCAGCCCGUCCGAGUCCCGAGUGUGGCCGCACUCGGUGCUCUGGAGGCUGGGGGGCUUCUUCUUCCUGCUGCUGCUGGAAGGGGCCGGCUGCCUGGCCAGCCCGGGCAGCCCCGUAGGCGUCAACAACAACAACCCCGGAGUCAACAUCUACAUGAGUGUGGAGGAGGUGAAGAAGCUCCUGGGCCUCGAUGCAGAGCUGUACUACGUGCGACACGAUGUGGUGAACCAUUACGCACUUUCCUUCAACAUGUCUGUGCCCACUGAGACCAACAGCCUCUACUUCACAUGGUACUCCAAGACAAAGGUUGACUACCGGCUUGCAUUCAGCGUGGAGAACCCCAUAGCCCUGAACCCGCCAUGGUGCAACAUCUCCCUUCAGGGGGAAGUGCCCCGUGUUCCCUCUGUCUUCAGAGUGGACAUCUUAUGUUCGGGCAAAGUAGAUGAAGAGGCAUUUUUAACAAUGCAGCUGAAUCUGACCAUCCAUGCCAACAACUACACAGUGCUCAACUUCAAGAGGAGGAAAAUGUGCUAUAAGAGAAUCGAUUCUGAAAAGAUCCCCAUUCCUCUCAACAAUAACUCUCUCCCUCGACCUGACUUAGAUGGUGUUACCGCUCCCACCACCUCCACCCAGGUGUUCUAUAUAAGCGUGAGUGUCUGCUGCAUUGUCAUCUUCCUCGUGGCCAUCAUUCUGGCCAUCCUACACCUGCACAGCAUGAAGAGAGUGGAGAUGGAGGACAGUGUGAGUGACAGUGGAAGCUCACAGGGCCUUUCUCAGCCGUCCACCCAGACCACGCAGUACCUGAGGGCUGACACUCCAAACAACGCCGCCCCUGUUACCAACAACCACCCUGGUUCUGCACCCAUACUCCAGCUUGCUGCCUCCUCCUUCCAAAACCCUGGUGCUCCCCCUCAUGAAACCAAAAGUUACCCAUCUCUGCGCAUAGAGAAGAAUGACCUGAGGAGUGUGACUCUGAUGGAGGCCAAAGCUAAAGUUAAAGAUAUUGCAAUCUCAAGGGAGCGAGUCACACUACGAGACGUCUUACAUGAAGGCACUUUUGGCCGGAUCUUCCACGGCGUGCUGCUGGAUGAAAAGGACCCCAGUAAGGAGAAGCAGGUCUUUGUGAAGACCGUGAAAGAUCAUGCUUCUGAGGUGCAGGUGACGAUGAUGUUGACUGAAAGCUGCAAACUUCGUGGCCUUCAUCACAGAAAUCUGCUUCCCAUAAGCCACGUGUGCACAGAGGAUGGAGAGAAGCCCAUGGUGCUGCUGCCUUUCAUGGCUUGGGGUAAUCUGAAGCAGUUCCUGCGGCAGUGCAAGUUAGCUGAGGCUAACAACCCACAGGCAAUCUCUCAGCAGGACCUGGUUUACAUGGCCAUCCAGAUUGCAUGUGGAAUGAGCUACUUGGCUCGCAGGGAGGUCAUACACAAAGACCUCGCCACAAGGAACUGCGUCAUUGACGACAACAUGCAGGUGAAGAUUACAGACAAUGCCCUCGCCCGAGAUCUCUUUCCCAUGGAUUACCACUGUCUGGGGGAUAAUGAGAACCGGCCUGUCCGCUGGAUGGCCCUGGAAAGCCUGCUCAACAAUGACUUUUCCAGUGCAAGUGAUGUGUGGGCUUUUGGAGUGACGCUGUGGGAGCUGAUGACUCUGGGGCAGACACCCUACGUCGACAUUGACCCUUUCGAGAUGUCGGCUUACCUAAAAGACGGGUACAGAAUAGCACAACCAAUCAACUGUCCAGAUGAGCUGUUCGCAGUGAUGGCUUGUUGUUGGGCCCUGGACCCGGAGGAGAGGCCCAAGUUUCAGCAGCUGGUCCAGUGUCUCACAGAGUUCCACGCAGCGUUGGGUGCUUACGUGUGAAAGCAGUGGGUGCCGCUUCUUCUUCUUCUAAUCCAUUAAAGCAACGACACUAAAGGCUGGCGGACACUUUUCACGAGGAAUGCACAUUUGAAAUUGUGCCUUAUCACAUGAAAAAUGAGCAGACUUGUGCCCGAGGCUUUUGUUUUGUACAGUUCUUUUGGAGUUUUUAUAUAGUUAAAUUACCUUUUUACAGCAUAGCAAAGUAAAACGACUCUGUGUUCGAUAUUGUUCCAUUUGCUUUGAAAGCAUCUAGAAAAGGCGACGAUCGACGAUCUCCACACGCAAAGAGGACCAGAACAACAGAAAGAUGAUAUCCGUGGACUUUUUUGUGCCAUUGAACGACUUUUUAAAAGAACAAUUUUAAGCUUCUGCAGUAUUUUCUACAGAUUCUGUAAUGUUGUGUAAAUUUUAGAUUUGUUUUGGGUGUAAGUAACUCCACAGCAGAAUGAGUUAGGCACCAAAAUAGACCAGAGAGCUUCAGUAACCAUAAUCUUCUCGGACACGCUGCUCCGCUCAGGCUCGGUACGAGAGGCAGAUCUGUUGAAAUGAUUUCUCUGCAAAUGGUACAGCGUUUCCUCUGCCGCGGAUGAGUUUCCUUUUCUGGAGCGCACUCAACAGAGACGUCACACCAAUUUUUUUCCUAUGCCAGCAGCGCACAUAAAGACAUGUGGACACCACAGCUGGAACAUCAGCUCUGCAGAGCUAUCUGUAUAAACCUGAUUUUUACACGUGGACACUUAAUAUUUCAAUGUCACUGCUGUCUUCCUCUUGUACUUUUUAUUUCCGCUGUCAGAGCCACCGUGUGUGUGUGUGUGUGUGCGUGUGUGUGUGUAAAAGGUGGAUGUGAUGUGACCAGUUGGUUAGUGGAGCAUUCUCGCCGCCACCAUCAGAUCGAAGCGUCUGAGAACCAACGUUCGAAGAUGGAUCGAUGUCAGAGGGACAUAAAUCGUGGUGGACAGAAUCUGUGGGAUGCAUCUGCUUCUUACUAAAGUACAGUAGACUAUAUAUAAAAGAUUGGUGUAGGCGCUGUAUCAGCUCACUGGCAGCGUAGUCAUGGUCUGAAUCGACACCGAAGCGGCGCCUUGCACCGGCAGAUGUGACGUCACUUUUGUUGUGCGAUGUUUGGCAAGGAGACAACGGCGAAUAUAACAGUGCGACUGUUAUACUGAGGCUUUUGUGGUUUUGUGCACAUUCUGAUGGCAGAAAAACAUCAGAAACAAGUGAAAGAAAACAAAAAGAUCAUCAGAACAAGUUCUAAAGAAAAAAAAAAGAAAAGAAAUAGUCAGACGUCAGAGCAGAAAUGUGAAAAUGAGGCUGUGAAUUUUAUCCAUCGCAGAAGAGAACCUCUCAGGUUACAAGCCACGAAACAAACAGACUGGACUGAAGAAAGGAUUCGGGUUUAGUGAGCGACUCAUAUCAGGCGGCUUUCCGGAGCUUAAAAAAUCUUUAAUAAGGAAAAUUUCAACACAGCAGUAACAUUAGCAUGUUAGCAGAAGUAGCCUGUAAAAAGAGUUUCUCUCCAGCAUCACUCAGUAUUCGUGCAAAUUUUUCAUAAACGGGUCAAUUGGUGGCCUGAACACAAACUGAGGUCAGCCUUUGAACCACAGGUUAUCUCUGUGGUUACAGUGUGAUGAUGGAGCAAGUCCGCUCUUUGUUACCUUAUUGUUCAUUUAUUUAAGGCGGAGGGAGUCUGGAAGCUCUUCUAUAAAUCACCGCUCAUGUUUUCUGCAGCGCCAAAUCAGCCGUGUCGCCUUAAACCACAAUCGAUCAAAUAUUUGCAUUAAAUGUUCCAGACAUGGCCGCAAACACAUUUGGAUGCCUUUAGUUUUGGCACAAGGUUUACGAAAACGCCUCACAAGUGUCACUCGCUGCCAGCGGUUCUUCACCCACAGAACAAGUCAUCUACUACGUCCAUCUUCUGUGUACAGUGUGUUUUUGAGCUGCGUUGUUCGGUGUCAGAACGCAGCUCUUCACAUGACUGCUCGACUCAUUUUGACUUAAUCAUUGUGAACACACACGCCAGCUUGGUCUCAUUGUAUCCUUCCACUAUCUUUAUGAUGUGUUUUUUUAUGGUCACUGCAUGUUGAGAUAAAGGUUGUAAACUGCUUCCCAAUUUCAUAUCCACAAAUUAAAUGGAAUCUUUUGAAUAUA